CGACCGUGAGUCCCACACUCAGCGGUCGGCCACCGGCGGCGGGAGAUCGUGGGCAAGGGGAGCGCGACAGUCGCUGUUUGGGGAGAUCGGCGCUUGGCCGGGUGAGCGUGAGCCUGGGAGAUGGCAGUGAUGGAAAUGGCCUGCCCAGGCGCCCCUGGCUCAGCAGUCGGGCAGCAGAAAGAGCUCGCCAAAGCCAAAGAGAAGACACAGGCAAUGGUGAAGAAGCAAAGCUCCAUCAACAAGCUUGAGGCCGUGGAGAAGAGCCCAGUGUUCUGUGGGAAGUGGGAGAUCCUGAACGACGUGAUUACCAAAGGCACAGCCAAGGAAGGCUCCGAGGGAGGGCUGGCCGCCAUCUCCAUCAUUGCCCAGGCCGAAUGUGAGAAUAGCCAAGAGUUCAGCCCCACCUUUUCAGAACGGAUUUUCAUCGCUGGGUCGAAACAGUACAGCCAGUCUGAGAGCCUUGAUCAAAUCCCUAACAAUGUGGCCCACGCAACAGAGGGCAAAAUGGCCCGUGUGUGUUGGAAAGGGAAGCAUCGUAGCAAAGCCCGGAAGAAACGCAAGAAGAAGAGCUCCAAGUCCCUGGCUCAGGUGGGAGUGGCGCUGGCCAGACCCCUCCCCAGAACCCCUGAGCAGGAGAGCUGCACAGUCCCCGUUCAGGAGGAUGAGUCCCCACUUGGUGCCCCGUAUGUUAGACAUGCCCCCCAGUUCACCAAGCCUCUGAAGGAGCCAGGCCUUGGCCAACUCUGUUUCAAGAAACUCGGGGAGGGCCUACGGCCUGCACUGCCUCGACCGGAACUCCACAAACUGAUCAGCCCCUUGCAAUGUCUAAACCACGUGUGGAAACUCCACCACCCCCAGGAUGUAGGCCCCCUGCCCCAGCCCGCUCAGCCCUUCCCCUACAGCAGACUGCCCCAUCCCUUCCCGUUUCACCCUCUCCAGCCCUGGAAACCUCACCCCCUAGAGUCCUUCCUGGGCAAACUGGCCUGUGUAGACAGCCAGCAGCCCCUGCCCGGCUCACCCCUGGGCAAACUGGCCUGUAUAGACAGUCAGAAGACCGUGCCAGGCCCACCCCUGGGGCCCAGCUGCCCACUGCGCGGCACGUGUGAGAAGUUUUCUGUGGAAGAGUACCUGGUACACGCUCUGCAAGGCAGCGUGAGCUCCGGCCAGGCCCACAGCCUGAGCAGCCUGGCCAAGACCUGGUCAACGGGGGGCUCCAGGCCCCAGGAGCCCAGCCCCCAAACCGAGGACAGCGAGGGGGUCCUGCUUACUGAGAAACUGAAGCCGGUGGAUUAUGAGUACCGAGAGGAGGUCCACUGGGCCACGCGCCAGCCCUGCCUGGGCAGAGGCUCCUUCGGAGAGGUACACAGGAUGGAGGACAAGCAGACUGGCUUCCAGUGUGCAGUCAAAAAGGUGCGAGUCGAUGUGUUUCGGGCAGAGGAGUUGGUAGCAUGUGCAGGAUUGACCUCGCCCAGAAUCGUCCCUUUGUAUGGAGCAGUGAAGGAAGGUCCUUGGGUCAACAUCUUCAUGGAACUGCUGGAAGGUGGCUCACUGGGCCAGCUCAUAAAGCAGAAGGGCUGUCUGCCGGAGGACCGGGCCCUUUACUACCUGGGCCAGGCCCUGGAAGGGCUGGAAUACCUCCAUACCCGCAGGAUUCUGCACGGUGAUGUCAAAGCUGACAAUGUGCUCCUGUCCAAUGACGGGAGCCGUGCAGCCCUCUGCGACUUUGGCCAUGCUGUGUGCCUUCGACCUGAUGGCCUAGGGAAGUCCUUGCUCACAGGGGACUACAUCCCUGGCACAGAGACUCACAUGGCUCCAGAGGUGGUGAUGGGUAAGCCCUGUGAUGCCAAGGUGGACGUCUGGAGCAGCUGUUGCAUGAUGCUGCACAUGCUCAAUGGCUGCCACCCCUGGACCCAGUACUUCCGAGGGCCGCUCUGCCUCAAGAUUGCCAGCGAGCCUCCACCUGUGAGGGAGAUCCCCCCAUCCUGCACCCCUCUCACAGCCCAGGCCAUAGAGGAGGGGCUAAGGAAAGAGCCUGUCCACCGAGCAUCCGCAGUGGAGCUGGAGGGGAAGGUCAGCCUGGCGCUGCAGCACGUGGGAGGUCUGAAGAGCCCUUGGAGGGGAGAGUAUAAAGAGCCAAGACAUCCGCCGUCAAGCCCAGCCCACUCUCACCAGGCCCUGAGUGUCCAGCCAAGGGAGCUCUCACCAGGGGCCCUGGGGCCCCAACCAGCUGAGGACACAACAGGCGGGGCCCCCAAGCUCCAGCCUCCUCUACCCCCAGACCCCCCAGAGCGGAACAAGUGUCCAAGCCUGAACUGGGGCAAGGAGGAGUCUGGGACGUGGGAACCCUUGCCUCUGUCCUCCCUGGACCCAGCCCCUGCCAAAAACCCCAGCUCACCAGAGCGGAAGGCAACCUUUCCGGAGCAGGAACUGCAGCAACUGGAAAUAGAAUUAUUUCUGAACAGCCUAUCCCAGCCAUUUUCUCUAGAGGAGCAAGAGCAAAUUCUCUCAUGCCUCAGUGUCGACAGCCUCUCUCUGUCAGAUGACAGUGAAAAGAACCCGUCCAAGGCCUCUCAGAGCUCGCGGGACACCCUGAGCUCCGGCGUGCACUCGUGGAGCAGCCAGGCGGAGGCUCGCAGCUCCAGCUGGAACAUGGUGCUGGCCCGGGCACGGUCCACCGACACUCCGAGCUAUUUCAAUGGGGUGAAAGUCCAAAUACAGUCUCUCAAUGGUGAACACCUGCACAUCCGGGAGUUCCACCGGGUUAAGGUGGGAGACAUCGCAACUGGCAUCAGCAGCCAGAUCCCAGCCACAGCCUUCAGCUUGGUGACUAAGGACGGGCAGCCUGUGCAUUAUGACAUGGAGGUGCCAGACUCGGGCAUCGAUCUGCAAUGCACCCUGGCCCCAGAUGGCAGCUUCGCCUGGAGCUGGAGGGUCAAGCAUGGCCAGCUGGAGAACAGGCCCUAACCCAGCCUUCCGCCACCGGCUCUACUCAGCCAGAAACAGCCUUCCUUCUCGGUACUCAAUGCUGCCGCCGAGACACAGGCUCAGCCUGCUCUCAGGGAGCUCAGCAGUGGGACCAGGGGCAAAGUGGUGGCCAGCAAAAUGCCUCCCAGAAUUUCCCACCUGUGUCCUGCCUGACCUGCCAAGAGAACACCCUGUACCCACGUGACGGGGAGGGGGAAGGCAGGCAGCUCUUCCCAUGGGGAACAGAGAGGGUUUUCUCUGCCCUGGUCUAUAUAAGCUGGCCUGACCCCCUUUGGAUCAGUGACGACUUGCUGGCAGUCGGGAGAGAGCAGCUUCCGGCCUGAGUCAGGGAGGGGUGGGCAAGACCCUCCGCCUCCAGGCAGGUGUGAGGAUGUCAAGUGUCUAAGGACCCACACCCAGAUCCAGUACAGGACUAGGCAGCAGGUGUGCCCACCCUGGAGUUAAGAAGGGGCCCUCUAACCCCCUUGACUGGCCUUGCCUGGCCAUUGAACCCCCUUUUAGAUCUGGGAACCCUUCAGACAGUCAGUGAGGGAGGGGUGCCUGAUGCUGAGGCAUCUCCCUUGGAGAAUGCAUCACAUUUUUCAGGGCAUUGCAACACAGGUCCUGCGCUGAACUCAGUUGCAGCCUAGGACCAAAGAAGGAGUUUAUGUAAUAUGGUUCUCAGUCCCCAAGCAUGUGCCCCUUUGCUGCUGGUCACCAGUCUUCCCCAGAGCAGCAGGUGCCAAGCCCCGACUGCAGGCCCAGCACCACCCAUGACUAGCUGGCACUCAGUUCCCUCACCUGUAAAAGUGAAGGGUGACAUGAGACCUACCUGACAGGAACUAUCUGAGGAUGGGGCAUGAUAGAUGCAAAAGAAAGCAGCAGACACAGGCGCUACUGUUACCUGAGCCACAGCUUUCAAUUUCUUGCACACCAGCUUCCUGAGACACAACACAGCUUAGGCGUCACACCCACAUUGACCCGGCCCUGCCCUGGUCACAGGGCCACCGCCAGCUGCACUUUGCACUCUGAUGACCUCAAAGCACUUUCAUGGCUGCCCUCCAGAAGGGCAGGUCAGUGGUUCUGCUUAAACAUAAGCAGACUAGGAGAUGAAGAGGCUCAAGUCUUAACCUGUCUCCAUACAUGUGACCCCUUAAACUUCCUCGUGAUUUCUUUAAGAUGAGCCCUACCCGUUGCCCAGCUCAUCCUCUUUGUGGGAAGAGCUGAUCAGAACUCAUGUAGCAUUAAUCAACUGUGAAUCUUUGGGGGAGGUGAGGGGCCUGCUAGCCUCAGCUCCUAGGGGUGAAGGGAUGUCCCCUGAGAGUCUUCCUUGGGAGAAGCUUGUCUCCAUGUCUUGCCAGGGUGCCCUCUAUCUAGCUAUCUACAUGGAGCCAUACCACUCCCCAGGGAGAGACCCCUGCCCCCAGCACAUGAAGAGCAGCAGCCUUUGGUACUGCAGAGUUCAGGUUGUAGAGAACUCUUGUAAGCAAUAAAGUUUGG